ACGCCCUGGAGUGAGGGUCAGCGUGUUGUUGUGCGUACUCGUACGUACGGGUAUAGACAGACACCAAACAAAAUGGAGCAGCCAAGUAAACGGGGCUCGGCCAGUGAGCGAGCGCAUUGACUGCUGCCAUUGCUCCAGCAGCCUGAAGUGGGAGCGAGACGAGGACCCGGCGCUUUCGUAGGUAUCGACUACUCAACAGAAAUCAGCUGCUAGCAGCGAGCAGCGGAGUACACCGGUACUAGGUCCUCCCGUCUUCUUUCAUUUUCGUUAUUCGCCUCCGCCACGGGCUCAUUGGCCUGACAAGAUUCAUCCGUCCCAUUCCAGUACGUUGUACCGUACUGUAGGUGUAGUCACACUCAGUUGGCCCAAAAGAGCAUGGCCAGAAGGGCGAGUCAAGCCUUUCCCUAUUGACUUUCUCACACUCACUCACAGAACGGAAAUGUCAUGCCAGUCACGCGGCCGACCAUGACGCUUUUGCCAGGCAGUGAAGCGGGUGGGUGGUGGGAAAGCACGCCAGCCAGUCAAGUCGAGCUGUGCAAGUGGCACGGCCUGGUUGAUGAGAAGGGUGUUGACCUGCUGUGGCCCGCCGCAGAUCCGACAUCCUCGCCCCAUUACGGCGGUUCAACCUUUUGACUAUGACACCGUCGAAGCCGACUGGAUCGGGGGGGCUGGAAUCGCCUAGCUGUUUUCCUUUGGCCACCAUGUUGACGUUGUGUGUGGGACCAAGGGUCGCUAGUGCAAGCCGAGCAGAAGGGGGUGUGUUGUGUGAGGGAGGGCGAGCAAGCGGAUGACACACAAGUCACAGCGAACCGCUUCAUUUGGUGUGUCAGAGUAUGCUCGCUCUCGUAUAUUGCUCAGCGUCGCGCUAUGAUCCCUGCCUCGUUAGUCUGGUGCCCACCUAAGGCUGUCGACGAACCUUGCAGCGCUGGUUAAGAAUAGCUGGCACAUUAGCC